ACAGAUCAGACCAGAGCAGACAAUAGGCCCCUAAAGUGUUCCCCCUAAGUUGCUUUGAUGUUGUCCUAGUGUCUUGAUACCAGGAGGCCAGGGAUUGCAGGAAAAGGGUCUUUUUUGUCUUCAUUCACUUUCCCCCCUCAGUUUCUGAAAUGAUUCUCCAGAAUUUCUCCUCAUAAAAAAGGACUGAAUGUGGGACUAGCUGGUGUCACUCCACUUUGACCUAAAAAUUCCUUUCUGUUUGGGAGGCACAGAUCGCUGUGUCCCAAUGUUAGAAGAGAGAGCAAGUUGGACAUCUUGAAAGGUGAGGGUCACCUCUGAGACAGGGGUUCCUGGACUCCACAAGCUCCCCACCUCCAGGAUGAGCACUGCCUUAUCGUGACCCUUGGGGUUUUGUGUGCCCUGGAGAUGCGAGAUUUUCCUUUGGCAGCCGGAGGCACACACCCAGAGAAUGCUGGAGCCGCAAGGGGACAGGACCCACUUCCACAGCGGAGAAAAACAAAGAGGAAAAAGGCGUGCAGGCAGCCAGCACUAAGGGACGCACCCGACACGCAGUGGGCCCCUGCCGCUGCCCCCAGCAGCUGUUCCCGCUGCAGCCCGAGAGGAACUCGGUGAGCCCGUCCCUGUUUGUGGCUGCGAGCUCAGGAUUUCAAUCAAUGCAUUCCAGUAACCCUAAAGUGAGGAACUCUCCAUCAGGAAACACACAGA